GGAGCUCUCAUUGUUGUUUCUUGUGGCUGAGGCAGAGGGUAGGAAAUACCUGCGGCCUCUGUCAUCCGUCUUGUGUCCUGACACAGUUAUUCCAGGACCUGGAGUAAAGAUACCCGAAAAUUCAGAAACUGGUGAGACAACUUCCUUGGAAAUUGAUCUUCAUUGUACUGACGAGAGAAGGAGACUCUCACACCUGUGGGAAAAUGCCCUGGAGCCGCCCUGUUAGGCUCCUGUUUAUGAUCACUUUGGCAUUACAGGUCAUCCAAUUGGGAAACAGCUAUCAAAGAGAGAAACAUAAAGGCAGUAGAGAAGAAAUCAACAACGCUACAGCUCAGAAGCUCCAGGAGAAAACACUCAAUUCGACCUCGAACAACUUUAGGAAGGUGACCGGGAGCGCAGAGGGCUGGGGGCCGCAGGAUUCACUUCCCUCCUCCCCAGCUGUCCAAGAGCGGGCGCCCCCGCGGCCACGCUGCUGCAGGAACGGUGGCACCUGCGUGCUGGGCAGCUUCUGCGUGUGCCCCGCCCACUUCACCGGCCGCUACUGCGAGCACGACCAGAGGCACAGCGAAUGCGGCGCCCUAGUGCACGGAGCCUGGACCUUCCGCGGCUGCCGCCUCUGCAGGUGCGUCUUCGUGGCCCUGCACUGCCUCCCCAGCCAGACACCCGGCCGCUGUGACCUGAAAGACUUUCUCGCCUCACGCUCUAAUGGAUGCAGCGCGCAGCACAUGCUGAGUCUUCUCAUCCUCCUGCUCGGCUUCUUCCUGCUGCGCAUGCUCAGUGAGGGGGGAGACUGACCACUAGCUGGGCCUGCGGGGACCGCUGUUCCACGCCAGCAGAGCCAGGCAUCCCCAGCGCAGCUGGGCGAGCGUGACACUCCGUGGGAAAGCCAGGACUGUGCAUC